AUAACAAUCCUGGUUUUCUCUGUUUCUCAGGUUGAAUCACAAAUUAACCUUCCAUUUCUGAAAAGAAACCAACCCACAACCCUGUUUCCAUUAAAGCAAUACUCAGACCCAUUAGUCACGUCAACACAAUGAAAGAAGCACCAAAGCCCUUAAUGGCGCAACCACGCUCCCCAUGGCACUCACCCGUGCCUUACCUCUUCGGAGGCCUAGCAGCCAUGCUGGGUCUCAUUGCUUUUGCUCUCUUCAUCUUAGCUUGCUCCUACAGGCGAAUCCCCGACAACGAUGGCGGUGAAGAAACAGACGUUGAAAGCGGCGAUUCAGUGAAGGAAGUAAAGGUUUACGAGGAGAAAAUAUUGGUGAUAAUGGCUGGUGAAUUCAAGCCUACGUUCUUGGCUACCCCUGUUUCAAAACAGGCUCCCUCGUUUGGUGAUAAAAAUGGUGGAUUCGUGGGCGAACAAGGAUCGGAGAAAGGUGAAAGCGGCGAGAGAGUGAAACCAAAUAUGAGCAGUGAUGAUUAUCAUCAACGAUUGCCAACAACAAUAACAGAAAAUUCUGCCAACCCAGUGAACAAUGAAACAGGACAAAUCCAACACCAACAUUAAAAACUUGUUUUGUUUUGUUUGGGUUUUGGCUUAUCGGUCCCGAGAAAAUUGUUGUUUUUAAUUUGAUCAUGGGGGAAUGUAUAUUUUGCUGAGAACGUAAAACAGAAUUUUGUUCCUAAAUUUUCAUAAAUUCUGAUUUAUUGUGUACAUUGAGAUUUCA